GUAUUGUUUGUGUUUUUACACAGGUCCCCCAAGAGGAUUAUGCUCACAUGACACCGAUGUCUAAGCGCCUCGGAACUCGCGCGUCAUAAGGGUCGAUAAGUGUUCCCACGGAUUACAGUUCUCCUCUACGUGAGUUCUUCGAUUUCCCUGGCGCCGGGUGACACCCGAAAUGUGGACUCAAGUUUUUCUCCUCGCUCUGGGACUGGAAGCCUGUCUGGCGAAUUGGAACGAUUGGUGGACCUACGAAGGGAUCUCAGGUCCUGAUUUUUGGGGUCGUCUGAACCCAGGACUCUGGGGUCUGUGCAGCACUGGGAGGCGCCAGUCCCCGAUAAACAUCGAACCACAGAAUCUUCUAUUCGAUCCACAUCUCCAGGCCUUACAAGUCGGCAAGCAUCGCGUCGGGGGUGUCCUCCAUAACACCGGUCAGGGAGUCGUUUUCCGACUCAACAUCGAGGAAGCGAACGAUUUCAACGAGCAGCUUCUCACGCCAAGCAGUCUCAAUAAACAGGAACGAGUGAACAUCAGCGGGGGGCCACUCUCCUACUCGUACCGCGCCUACGAGGUCCAACUGCAUUUCGGUCGGAACGACAGAUCCGGCUCUGAGCAUCUCCUUGCCGGAUUCGCGUUCCCUGCGGAGGUACAAAUCUAUGGAUACAACAGCGAGCUUUACGCGAACGCAUCCCAGGCACGCAGCCGUGCCCACGGGAUCGCGGUGGUGUCUGCCUUCGUCAAAGUGACACCUCCGAAAAGUUCUGAGAGCGGUAGAAGCACUCGUGAUAAAAUGACAAAGCCAAACCUCGAGCUCAAAAUGCUCACUGAUCAACUCCAGCAUAUCAUCUACAAGGGCGACAGCGUCACCUUGAAAUCCCUGUCGAUCCAGGAGCUGUUGCCCUCGACUUCGGCUCUAAUGACCUACGAAGGCUCGCUAACUUCUCCCGGCUGCGAAGAAACCGCGACGUGGAUCAUUCUCAACAGACCGCUAUACGUGUCUCCUCAACAGCUGACGUCUAUGCGAAAGCUGAAACAAGGAGAAUCUAUAUCUCCGAUGGCUCCCCUCGGUAAUAACUUCAGACCCCCGCAACCCCUCCAUCAGAGGGUUGUCCGCACGAAUAUCGAUCUCUAUCCCAUCGACGGGCGACCCGAGACCGAAGACGACGCUGACGGUAGCACCGGCCAGCAGUGUCCCUCGAUGCAGGCGAAGAAGUUCUACCAAGUGUCGCCAGAACAUCUAGCCGUGAGUUCGAAUUUCCUGAACAGCCGGUGAAGGUGGUGUGUGGAUCCCUUAGAAGAAUACCUGGAGGGAGUAAAAGUCACCAUAUCCGCGUUAUUCGAGCAUAAAUGUUGAUGCUCAUCUGAAGAAUCUGUGAACGAAACUAAUGUUCUUCGGUGGAGUCAGGUCUCUCCGAAGUUAGCUCUAGAAGAGCAAAGUACGCGCUAGCAAUCCAAGGAUAGGGGGGGUUGACGUUCGUGAUUUGUUCGGUAUUAUUAGAUGUGACAAGUGAACAUGACGGAACGAUUCAUCGAGAGAAGGCAAUAUCUAGAAGGAGU